UUGCUUUUCUUCUGCUCCUGGUGAGAAGUGCCUCCUUCAUCCCCGGAUCAGGACCUCUGCCAUCCAGCACCACAAAGAGACAUUCUGCACACACGCGCUCGAACGCACACACCCACACCCACACCACACUCGCCCAGAGACAAACUUAAGGUCAGGAGAAGCAUUAGCCUCAUUCCAUCUCCAACUCCCAAGUAAGUGGGACUCUGAACGCCUCUGAACUGGAUUUCAGGACAAGUGGAGAAGGGUCUGAGCUACAAGGAUGAAGAGCCUCCUUCUCCUGGUGCUGGUUUCAGUCUGUUGGGCUGAUCACCUUUCAGACAGCUACACUCCGGAUCAAGACAGAGUUAUUCACAUCCAAGCGGAAAAUGGCCCCCGUCUCCUCGUGGAAGCAGAGCAAGCCAAAGUCUUCUCACACCGAGGUGGCAAUGUGACACUGCCAUGUAAAUUCUAUCGAGACCCCACAGCCUUUGGCUCAGGCAUCCACAAAAUCCGCAUUAAGUGGACCAAGCUAACUUCAGAUUACCUCAGGGAGGUGGAUGUCUUCGUUUCCAUGGGCUACCACAAGAAGACCUACGGCGGAUAUCAGGGCCGAGUGUUUCUGAGGGGAGGCGGAGACAAUGACGCCUCCCUGGUAAUCACAGAUCUCACUCUAGAGGAUUACGGAAGAUACAAGUGUGAGGUGAUUGAAGGUCUAGAAGACGAUACCGCUGUGGUCGCAUUGGAGUUGCAAGGCGUAGUGUUCCCUUACUUUCCACGGCUGGGACGCUACAAUCUCAACUUUCACGAGGCGCGGCAGGCUUGUUUGGACCAGGAUGCUGUGAUCGCGUCCUUCGACCAGCUGUACGAUGCCUGGCGGGGUGGACUGGACUGGUGCAAUGCUGGUUGGCUCAGUGACGGAUCUGUGCAGUACCCUAUCACCAAACCCCGCGAGCCCUGUGGGGGCCAGAACACAGUGCCUGGCGUCAGGAACUACGGGUUUUGGGACAAAGAUAAAAGCAGAUACGAUGUUUUCUGUUUUACAUCCAACUUCAAUGGCCGAUUUUACUACCUGAUCCACCCCACCAAGCUCACUUACGACGAGGCGGUGCAAGCUUGUCUCAAUGACGGUGCUCAGAUUGCAAAAGUGGGCCAGAUAUUUGCUGCCUGGAAGCUUCUGGGCUAUGACCGCUGUGAUGCUGGCUGGCUGGCCGAUGGCAGCGUCCGCUACCCUAUUUCUCGGCCAAGAAGGCGCUGCAGUCCUACAGAGGCUGCCGUGCGCUUCGUGGGCUUCCCGGAUAAAAAGCAUAAGCUGUACGGGGUCUAUUGCUUCAGAGCAUACAACUGAUGGUGCCCUAGAAAAGAGUCGGUUCUUGAGUCAGAGGGAACGCGUGAAAGGUCUUUUGUUUUUGUUCUUGUUUUUAAUAUGAACUCAUGCAAGUUACCAAAACUGUGAUAACCCUUUUCCACUUACUGUAAAGUGUCGUUUUUAUAAGGCCAGAUCAGUCAUUUGUUUUGUAAAGCUAUCAGUCAAUGUAUAUUAUAAAUUAAUAUAAGUAUAAGGGAAGCUAAAAACGGGCGUCAGGGCCUGUGUUACGUAUGCUACAUCAUCCCAAUAAAAUGCCAUUUCAUGAACGGGGCAUGCAGUAGGCUGAGGAUAACCAGGAUUGUGUUAGGGAAAAUCAGCAGCGACUUCCACAAGCACAAAUUUUACAUAUUUCUACAACUUUGAAAUGCAUUUCGCUGAACAAAUUAGAACAACAAAUUUGAAUUACAGGCCUCUUUACAGAAACUGGGAUUCUGGGAGGUAAAAAAAAAAAAAAACCUCAGUUUCACAAGGGAACAAUGGACACUUUUUCUAAAAGUUAAUACUCCAAGUCUCCAGUAUAAAAAAUAGUUUACUAUUUAAAAUUCUACCUUUUUGACUAAAAAGAAAACCAUAUAGACUCAGAUACAUAAUAAUAAAACCGCAGUUAGAACUCCUAGGGCAACCCAUUUACAUGAAGUAUAUAGACUUACAUACACAGAUAAUAUUUUACCAAUGAGAGAUUGCUACCUUCUAAUUAAGAUUACCUAUCAGAAAGAAUUGUUCUAUCAUUUUUGAGUAGCUUCACUGAGUUAUAUUUAAAUUCUAAGGGAUCUUUGCUAAGCGGUAUUUAGAAUUUACUCAGGGCAGUUAAAAAGAUAAACUGCUGGACAGAAAACAUAUAAAAAUGUAGCAGCUUGAUUUUAUGUUAGCUUAUGAAACAUUAUUGUCCUAUAAAAAUAACUUUAACCUAUUUAAUAUUUCUUUCUUAUUUACAUUCCAUAAUGAAAAUCAUCCAAUGAAUGAAUAACUCUACACUUCUUUAACUAAGAAAUCAAGAUUCAACUUCCAAAAUUGUGUUCUUGUUUGUAUACAUAAUACAAACCCCAAAUAGGACCUGUGUUUAGGAGGGAAAAUUUAAAAAAAAAAAAAAGGCUCUCCAAUAGAAAAUAUAGUCACUGUCAGUUUCCUUUCUGGUUUUCAUUUGGCAGAAACAAAAUACUGGCACUCACAUUGAAGACUUUACACCUUCAAGCUUUAAGCGAACAGUUAAGUCCAAACUCAGAACAAUGACUUUCAGUAUUAGCAACUCCAAUCUUAAAUAAAGCUUUCUUUUUAUGACUUCUGAGACCUCACAGGGACCAAAAUUUGUAUUCAAGUAAUUUUCCGAUUUCCCCUUGUUUCACAGUGAAUUCUGGUGAGUGGACCUUAGUAUAACAAUCCAAGUGCAAGCACAGCUGGUGUGCUGUCGACAAUGUUUUCAAUGUAGAUUCCCCCUCCCAUCCCCCCACCCCCCCAACGAACAUGAGUAAAUAAAUCUGUUUCCUGAAUUGACCGUGGUUGCAUUUAAAGCUCUGUAAUAACUGUAAUAAAUUUGCUCUAUAAAUAUAGAGGCAUGUGUAUGGAAGGUAUAGAGCAGUCGGAAGUCCAUGGAACCAUAACUAUCAUGAUAUAGUAUCUAGAUAAAAUACUGUAAGUAAAACUAGCUCCUUUCUUUCAGAUGCUUUAGCCUUAGAGCAUGAGGAUACAGUUUUAAGUUAGGAUAUGCAAAUUACAUAAGACUAUAAAUCCAAAGAGAUGAGGAGACUUCAGGCCAACACUGCUGAUUGAACUCAGACUUCUAAGCUAAACACAAGUUAAAGAUACCGAAUGGUCUAGAAUAUAAUGAAUAUAUUAUUUAAGAAGGAGACUCUGACCAGCUCAUGGUCAGGGCUAAGCUCUUUGGAGGAAGACCAUACUUGAACAAUCAUUACCUAUAUUUUAAGAAUUUUGUCUGAAAUGCAAGUAGGAAAAUUUUAUGGUGAAGUGGGUAUAUUCCUCUCAGUUAGCAUCAUAGAACUAAACAUUUAAGCACAGGAGCAUUUCUUAACUUUUGAAUACUUAGUAUAGGAAACGGUGCUGAUCAAAAUCUCCAAAGUGACUGUUAGCUGACUUACAUCUAUACCAACUGCUUAUCAUUGUCCGUUCUUGAAAAAAAAUCCUCGAAUGAACACUGCUGGGCAGAGUUUUUAACUUCUGAUGUCACACAAAGGACCAGAACCCUGUGCCCUCUGAACUCCUCAUUGAAAAGGGGUCUUUUAAUGUUCUCAUCUCACUGUUUUAUUCCACCAAAUAUCUAUUUUCAUACUUCGUAUCUCAUUAUGAAUGUUUUCAAGAGAAAAAAAAAGUCUUAGCACAUUUCCUAGCAGAAAGCUGACAUAACACUGUCUAAUUUAGAAAUUACUUUGUAGAUUUCAAGGUUCCCAGAGUAUCAAAGGAAGAUGAUAGAUUACAAAAUGUUUCCAUCAUAUUUUAUCUUAUGGCCCAUAUAAAGAACAGAUUAUAUCUACACAUUUUACUGAGAUUCCCUCCUUCCAUUUGAAAACUCUAAGCCAAAAAGAACCAAUUCACAUAAAAAUACAAUACAGGGAUGAAGAGAAGUCGUCAUGUUAACACUGGAAGCCAUCUUUUAAUGACUGCUGCCAUAUUUUGUCACAGCAACUUUUAGCCAAAUGUAGUAUUUGUAAAUUUAAAAUUUCUUUCAUAUCAAGGGGGCCGGCACCUGUUAGUGUUGUUUUAUGCAGUACAAUGGUUGCUUGCUAUUGUGGCAAUUAGUAGACUCAAAUAAGAUUCCAAUUUGGUUGCUGGCAGCCAUACUGGGUUUCUUGACUUCAGUACUCCUAGAAACACACUUUUGUCAUGGAGUAGCUGACCACUACAGAAAGGGAGGAUUAGAAGGGAAUCAGUCAUCAGGUUUGGUUUAACUUGGUUUUUUUUUUUCUUUUAUUUGUGUCAUUUUGGUUUUGCAUAGAAUACUUAGAGAAAAAUCAAUGGACAGCUGACAAUUUUUUUUGAGAAGUUAACGGUGUCAUAGCUCAUGACUGCCAGAAAAGGACUAUACAAAAAAGUUAUAAAUAAUACAGAAAUCAUUAAGCAACCCAAUUAGAAGAAAAGUCAAUAUUUAAAUUCGUUCAGUAGCUACAAAGUGCAAGUCUGAGGAGAACCAAUCUGUACUACAAAAAGACUGUUUUCAUUUUCUGUAAGAUAAAAUGAACUGGUAACAAACAUUAAAAGUCAAUUUUGCUUCACUACAGUAUUAUUUGAUUCUUCUGACUCAAAUAGACUCAGCCAUUUUUCUUUGGGUUAAACCUGGUAUAUAUAUCAUGAAAUGGUCUGUUGUUGAUGCAAUGCUUUGACUGAAAGCACACCAGUAAGUUAGAGCUUUGAUAUUCGAGCAUUAAAGAAUACUUCAGAACUUCCCAUACUUAUCUGGAAUACAUUAAGCAGCCUUGAAGAAAAACAAUUUCUAAAAGAGAGGUCAAUCAAAUCUCCUUUUAGUGUGUAAAAUCUUUUCAAAUGAGGGGUAUCGUUUUCAUUCUGUCAUUGUUUUUCAUAUAUUUUUAAUCUUGUUAUAAACAAAGUCUUGAGUCAGGGUGAAAGAUCCUAUGGAGGUCCUUAGUCCCCAAAUAAAAGUAGUUAAACCA